GCAAUGCAAUGCCCAAACAGACCUUUCAGCUUGCCUCAGCAGGCCCUGAGCUGUCUCCGUGUUGAGACGCCCAGGUGCUCUGAAGGGAGCCAAGAAAGGAGAAACGGCAGAUCCGCAUCAUUCCGGACCAUUGCAGCAGCCAUGGUAGGUGUUGGGAGCUUGCAAAGCGCCGUACGAAAGGCAAGCUGUAGAAGAAUGCCUCGAUCCUUCAAUAGGAAAAACCUAGUUUCCAUGCAGGAGUCCACAAACUCCUCCGGUGUGCUGACUUUGGUGGAUGGUAGCUAUCUCUUACACCAGGGCUUCUAUGCCUUCCAAAAUGCUGACCUCCGCAAUCUGCGCAGUGAGCCAGUAGGGGCCCUCUAUGGUUUCAUGUUGCAACUGGAGAGGAUACUCCAGUUCACCGAUGCAUCGCACAUGGCGGUGAUGUUCGACAGCCGAACUGCUUCCGAAUCUCGCAAGAAGACCUUGCCCAAGUACAAAUCAAACCGUCACUGUCCAGAUGAACUUGUGCCUCAGUUUCAGAAGAGCCAAGAGGCCCUGAAUGCCUUGGGCUAUCACUGGAACCAGUCGGAUCACUACGAAGCAGAUGAUCUCAUCGCAACAUACGCGCGGGCGCAGCCCAAAGAGAGAGCUGUCUGCAUCGUGUCCACCGACAAAGACUUGCUACAACUGGUGGACGAUAAGGUGACACUUCUUUCUCCUGCCGGACGGUAUGCAACCAUGGGCAAGCAUGAGGUGAUGGAGAAGUGGGGCGUGAGACCUGAUCAGAUGGGAUAUCUGAUCGCGUUGAUGGGAGACUCUGCAGACGUCAUUCCUGGCGUCCCUCGAAUUGGCCAAAAGAGAGGUGCAGCCCUCCUUCAGCGCUAUGAAGAUCUGGAAGGCAUCAUGAAGGCUGCAGAGGAAGGUCCGUUGGAUGUUCCGGGAAUCACCGAGCAAUUGCGGCAGAAUCUCCUCAAGUACGGGUGGAAUGCAGUGGACCUCUAUGAGAAGGUGGUGAAACUGCAGGAUGUUCCGCUGGAGGGCCACAAAGGUGCCCUCGACCUCUUGGUGCCAACUCGGGAUGGCGCUUGGAGAAAACGAGUCAAAGAAUGGUGCGACCAAGAGGCCUUCAAGGACGUCAAGAAGAUUCUCCUGGACGGCGCGAGUCGGCCGAGGAAGGCCCUUUACGAUGCUCCUCCGCUGAAGGAGACCGGAGGCAUCCUGCUGAUUUCAAGCGUCAAAGAAGCUGAGCGAGUUCUGAAGAGCUUUCCCCAGGGCGAAUGCUAUGCGGUGUCCCUUCAGGUGGCGGAAGACAAGCUCAGGCCACGUUACCUUUUCAUUUAUGGAGGCCCAGAGCUAGAUGUGGGAUGUGUGGGCGAUGGCAAGAGAAAAGUUGUGGUGGACUUCGGAGCGGAGGAUUCCUUCAAUGAUGCUUUGGCGGCUGUUUGGUGCCGUUUCUUGUCUGAUCCGAACUUCAAGAAGGUGUACCACUGCUUCUCCGAGCUGCGCCGCUGCAUGCAGUCCUCUGUGGAGUCAGGUGUCGAUCUUGCAGCAGGCUUGCAGGCCGACACUAUGCACAUGGCUCGCCUCUGGGACCCUUCCUUGGAGGAGAAGCGAAGACUGCAGCAGGACACGGAUGCCUAUUCCGUGCAGUGGCUGGCGCAGUACAUUCUUGGCCCCACUUGGAGGAUGAAGCAACCAGGACAGGAUCGCCACAGGGAAGAGGAGCUGAUCCGUUUCAACGCCGACUGCGCUGCUGGCAUCUUUCACCUCCACGAAGCUCUGAAGGACCUUUUGGAGAAGGACCCCAGGCGCGGGACCGGAGACAGCGGUUCGAUGUGGGGCUUCUACGAAGAGCACUGGCAGAGGCUGGCCAAACUCUUGUCUGACGUCGAGCUCCGUGGAAUGCACGUGAACGAGCAAAGGCUGGCUGAGAUCAUUCAGGAAGCGGAAACUUUGCAGGAGAAACAUCGAUCCCAUUUCUGCAGCUGGGCCACAGCUUCAAUCAUGGAGAAAUGUGGAAAGGAGGUGUGUUUGGACGCCUUGAACCUGAACUCAGCAGACCAGCUUCGACAGUUAUUCUUCGGAUCAGUCGGUGCAGAGAAGGAGUUUAUUGGUUUGCCCAUCACCGACAAGGAGGUGUGGACACCUUUGAGUCGCGAGGACUUGCGCCACAAGCUGAAACCCGAGCUUGAGGAGCUUUGCCGCGAGAAGGGCUGCAAGAUGGGUGGGAAGAAGGAGGAACUCAUCGACCGUCUAAGUGGCCUUGAGGACCCCAGGCGCAACAAGGCAAAAAGGCGAAUGAUCACCAUUCCUGGGCUUGGCCUUCCACAUGCUGGACCAGUGACAAAACAACGCGGUCAGCCACAAGUGACCCUUGAGACAAUUCAGAGCUUGAUGCAGCAGCUUGGAACUGGAAGUGCCGAAGGAAGUGCCGAAGGAAGUGAAGGCGUAGGAGCGUUGUGGCAAUGGCGAAAGAUCGAGUCGCGUUUGAGCGGCUUCCUGAAACCCUUGCAGUUGGCGUCCUGUGAAGGUCGAGUCUAUCCGCAGAUCAAUUUGAACACCAUGACAGGUCGUGUCUCCACUCGAAAUCCCAAUCUACAAGGAGAACCCACCGGUGAAGGCGAAGAAACUCUGGCAGUGCGAAGUAUUUUAGCUGCACCUCCAGGGCGACGACUCUUGGUGGCCGACUAUGCCCAGUUGGAACUUCGAUUGGUGGCGCAUUUGGCCGAUUGCCUGUCCAUGAUUGAGAUCUUGGAAUCUGGAGGUGACAUUCAUUCUCGAACUGCCUACAAGAUGUUUGAGGAGGUGAAAUUGGCCGUGGACCAGGGUUUGGUGUUGCUGGAUGAGAGCGAUGAGAGGAGCGACGCACAAGACUCAGCAUCGUUGGAGCUGGUGAAGGAACACUUCCCGGAGCUGCGGAAAAAGGCCAAGACCCUGAACUUUUCGUUGCUCUACGGGAAAACCAAAUAUUCCUUUGCCAAGGAUUGGAAGAUCACAGAGGAUGAAGCCCAGGUUUUCAUCGAUCGUUGGUUUCAAGCAUUUCCGGAAGUCAAAGACUGGAUGGAUCGUGCGCAUGCCACCUACCGCCCUGAAAUUGCAGGCGUGGAGGGCACCACCUUGGGCACCAUCUUGGGCCGAUUCCGUCGGCUGCGGGGCCCUCGCCACCGGGCGCUUCGCGUCGCAGGGAACACUCCGGUGCAAGGUAGUGGUGCUGAUGUGGUGUUGAGUGCUAUGGUGAAGGCAGAGGACAGCGUGCUGUUGCAACGCCUGGGCUUUCAGACAGUGCUGCAGAUCCAUGACGAGUUGGUGUUGGAGGGCCCAGAGGACUCAGCUGAGGAAGCCCUGGGUGAAUUGGUUCGAAUCAUGGAGGACCCCUUGCCGUUCAAGCUGAAAGUGCCACUGAAAGUGGAUGCCAAGCAAGUUCAGACUUGGCAGGAUGCCAAAGCAUGAGCUAGCAUAUCUAGCAUGAGCUAUAGCCAAUGACAGCAAUUGUGCGAAUUGCUGGACGUGCAUUGCCGAAUUUGGAGAAUUAUCUCCAACAGCCCAAGAGGCAUGCAAGAGGCAUGCAAGAGGCAUGCAAGAGCCAUAGUGAGUUACAAUGAGAAGUCAUGAAAUUACCUUGCGCUCUGGGGCCCAAUUUGGGCCCUGAAUGGUGCAAGCGUUGUGCAAAAUUCACGAAGAAGAUGAGCUGCAGUUUGCAGCUUUUGCAGCUCCAGCUGCACUCGAAUUGUGGUUCUGGCCACAUUCCCUGUCAUUCCCUGUCCCACAAUGACCUUUAAACUUUAACGAUAUUUUAUUGUACAGGUAGGUUAGUAGGUCCUGGUGUCGAAUUCUGCAUCAAAUGAUGUCUGACAACCUUGUGCUCGAGAUGGUGAGCG